AUGUCGGACUUCACACUAAAUACCUCUACCAAAGCUACAGGAACUGAAAACAUCCAGCUGUUCUUAGAGCUGUCCAGGUCCUGUGGCUUUGCCAGCUGCAGCAGCGGGGCCGUGGGGCUGGACGUGGAGCAGCCUGCAGACACAAUGUCCUAUGUUCUGAGGAUCGAGGGGAAGCCAUACACUGUUCAUCUCCAGCAGCAUGUCUUUUUAUCUGAUGAUUUCAGGAUUUACCUGUCUGAUGAGAGGGGAUCUUUGCACUCUGUUUCAACCCUUACCAAGGGAGGCUGCCAGUACCGGGGGUACGUCGAGGGCUUCCCCAGCUCAGCAGUGACCCUCAGCACCUGCUCGGGGCUCAGGGGCUUGCUGCAGUUGGAGAACAUCAGCUAUGGGAUUGAGCCCCUGGGUUAUUCUCCUGACUUCGAGCACUUUGCGUAUCGACUGAGCGGUGAGAACACGACAGGCUCCCUCCUGGACAGCAGCCGCCCCCAGAGGGGGCCGGGUGGGCUGAGGGAGCCACUGUCAGCUGCAGCACAAUCUCCCAAAUACUUCAGAGUGCACGUAGUUCUGGACAAGGCUUUGUACAACUAUAUGGGUUCAGACACAAAUGCUGCCAUGCAGAAGAUCGUCCAGGUCUUCGGUUUAGUCAACAAUAUGUUCAGCCCUCUUAACGUUACCAUCGUGCUGUCCUCCCUGGAGCUGUGGACAGAGGAGAAUAAAAUACUGACAGCAGGGGAAGCAGACGACCUUCUCCAGCGGUUUUUGCAGUGGAAACAGCCGCAUCUCGCGCCGCACUCGUAUGAUGCGGCUUACCUGUUAGUGUACAGGGACCGAGCAGCAGCGGUGGGUGCAACGGCUCCAGGAAGGGCCUGUCAGAGGGAUGCUGCUGGUGCAGUGGCCGUGUACCAAGGGGCCACCACACUGGAGUCCUUCUCCGUCCUGCUGGCCCAGCUGCUGGGACGCAGCCUGGGCAUGAGCUACGGCGACUCCGGUGACUGCCGCUGUCCCGGGCACAGCUGCCUCAUGAGCCUGGCGGCCCGCAGGCCCCGGCUGUCCGGGCUGUCCUCCCGCGCGGCGCUCUGCGGCAACGGCGUGGUGGAGCCCGGCGAGCAGUGCGACUGCGGCACGGCCCGGGCAUGCUUGAAGGAUAAAUGCUGCACUGAAACAUGCCAGUUUAAGCCAGGAGUGAAAUGUUCCUCUGGAUUGUGUUGUAGUGAAUGUCAG